GUUAGAAGUUUGAGGUACAAGACUAUCAAUCAGUUGAUAGGGGCCUGUGUUGAACCUAACAAAGUCUGUUUAAUAUGGUCGUAUUGCGGGAAAGGAAGUUUACAUGAUGUUCUGCAAAAUAAAAACGUUAAACUUGAUUGGAUUUUUAAAGUUUCAUUUUUGUCUGAUAUUAUUAGGGGCAUGAGUUACCUACAUGAAUCGGAAGUUCAGAUUCACGGUCGACUCAAGUCAACCAAUAUUCUAGUAGAUAAUCAUUGGUGUUGUAAAGUUGGUGAUCUGGCCAUGCCGUUGUUUAGAGCUGGCGAAAAAAUAAUUUUGAUGUUUUCAGAUAAAUUAUGGGUAGCACCAGAAGUCUUACGAGAUCCCGUUACCUAUGCUCGGGGUAGCAAGAAAGCUGAUGUGUAUGCUUUUGGAAUUAUACUUCAAGAAAUAUUCUUACGUACGGGACCUUACGGCAACGUUGUAUUGGAACCCGCAGAGAUUGUGGAGCGUGUAAUCAACUGUGAGGAUCCACCAUAUCGGCCAGUGGUAGAGAAAGGUGUGGCAGCUGAUAAUGUUUUGGAGGUGAUGAAAUCUUGUUGGGAGGAAAAUCCGGUCUUAAGACCCACUUUCCGACACAUAGGUGAACAAAUGCGAAGAAUAAACAAAGGAAAGACGACUAAUAUUAUUGAUCAAAUGAUUCAUAUGUUAUCCAAGUAUGCUGAUCAUUUAGAAGAUCUGGUAGCUGAUAGAACCAAACAGCUGGAAGAAGAGCAACAGAAAACAGACGAACUGUUAUGUAGAAUGUUGCCAGCCACCAUAGCCAACGAAUUAAAAAGAGGAAAUCAAGUAUCCCCGGCAUAUUUUGACUCUGUCACAGUUUUCUUUAGUGAUGUUGUUGGUUUUACCAAAUUAGCUGCAGAAAGUACACCUUUUGAGAUUGUUAACUUCCUGAAUCAUCUUUACACCACUUUUGAUAAUAUCAUUGAUAGAUACGACGUCUACAAGGUGGAAACUAUCGGAGAUGCCUAUAUGGUGGCGAGUGGUUUACCUAUUCCUAAUGGUAAAAGGCAUGCAGGAGAAAUAGCAACUAUGGCUCUAGAUCUUCUCGCCUCUACAUCUAUUUUCACUAUUGCUCAUAGACCAGAUCGAACAUUGCAGCUUAGGACUGGUAUGCAUACAGGACCAGUAUGUGCAGGAGUUGUUGGUUUAAAAAUGCCAAGAUAUUGUUUAUUUGGUGAUACAGUCAACUACAGUAGCAGAAUGGAAACAUCCGGCUUAGCCCUUCGUAUUCAUGUCAGUAAAGAAUGCAAGGCAGUUUUAGAUCAACUUGGUGGAUAUCAGUUAAGUGACCGAGGUCUUGUUGAAAUGAAGGGUAAAGGAUCGAUGUACACCUACUGGUUAAUUGGAAAAGAUGGUUUUUAUCGAGAAUUACCAUCUCUAGAACUACAGGCACCACUAUCUGAACAUUUCUUUAAAUGA